AUGGCACGUGAACAGGACUACUGCACUCUCAUGUCUGGGCUGCAGGAGCUUGAUUUCCAAGCGGAAGCAGUGCCCAGCGAUCUCGUACUAAUAGGUGAACAUGCCUUUCCACUUGCCAUGAAUCCAAGAGGUCAGGUGCUGAUGGCUGCAUCUCAUUACGGUCAGGGACGUAUAGUGGUGUUGGGGCAUGAGGAAUACCUAACACGCUUUCCUGGCCUCAUAAAGAAUGCCGUAAUGUGGCUCAUGCAAUGUACUGGUGAUUCCGGCAUUGUAGGGAUCAAGGGGAGUUUACGUUCAGUGGCUGACAACUUGAACUGCUCCCCUAUCAAGACAGAGCUAGGAGACUUUCGGGAUGGAUUAGCUAUAUAUAUCACAGAUGCUUACAGUGUCGAGACCUGUGCAAAGGAUCUGAUUGCUUUCCUCAAAGCUGGAGGUGGUUUGAUCAUUGCUGGCCAAGCCUGGAGUUGGUCUUAUGACCAUCCACAAGAAAACACUAUAAGGAACUUCCCAGGAAACAAGGUAAUAGGCAAAGACUUCAAAGAUGAUCUAGAGUUCCUGCUACAAGGUGUGUCCGAGUUUGACACCAAAGGUAGGGAUAUAGCAUCUGAGGUGAUGGUGCACGGACCAUUAGCAUUUCCCAUUGCGGUCACUCCGGCUGGAAAAGCAUUCAUUGCUGGUGCCUAUUAUGGACAAGGUCGAGUAAUUCUGGUAUCCCAUGAAUGGUACCUGAGCCGGGACUCUCUGUCCACAUUCAUGAUCAAUGCAAUCAAGUGGCUUGAUGAGGGUCAGACGGGUGCUAUUGGGAUCCUACCCAAACUCAAAGCAGCCCACGCAGUACUGAGCAAAUCAGGUUUAGAUUGCCAGAUGACUGGCUUCAGAGAAGAUCUAAGCGUCUACGUCUGCACUUCUUACAGUGAUGCCCAGUGUGCAGAGAUCCAAGAAUUUGUUGCUGAAGGCGGAGGUCUUCUGAUUGGGGGUCAUGCCUGGUAUUGGGCCCAGACCCACCCUGGCUGCAAUGUGUUGACCGAAUGCCCAGGAAAUCACAUUCUUAACAAGAUGGGAUUGAGCCUCUUAGGCAACACCUUGGGUGGAGGGUUAUAUAAGGCCCCAGAAAUAGAGCAUUGGUGUAGAGAGGGGUACUACUUUCGUAGCAUGCUGCAGCGCUUUGUCGAACAUGUAAGGCAGGGGCAAGAACUGACUGAUCAUGAACAGGGCUGCUUGAAGCAGCUGGGCUGCGACUGUGCAAAUUACCUUCGUAUGUGUUCUUAUGACAGUGCCGCCUACACUUCAGUGCUAGCACUUCUUACUGACAUAGUGAAGGAGGUAGGAGUUCCACAGGUGUCCAGUAAUUGUCCUGUUAAGAGUGCCAAAGACCGCCUGAUGCUCCACAUUGCGACUGAGGUAUACAAAGUGUCACCCAAUCCUGAUGCCCUUCUUCCAUACAUCAUCAAGGACAGACCCGACUUGCCCACUGUGUCUAAUGCAAGAGUUCGGAUCAGUGCAAACACUGAGGCUCAUAAAGAAUGGAUAAGCACAGGCUUAUAUCUUUCUCCUGGUAUGAAGACGUUCAUAACAAUACCUCCAGAGAUUGUUGGAAAAAAUUGGCAGGUGCAGCUUGGUUGCCAGACAGAUAACAUUGAUAGAGCAAACAUCCUGAAACGUGCUCCUGUGGUCCAUGAGCGAUUCCACUUGGACAAAGAAAUGGUCCAGGUCAGGAAUCUGUGGGGAGGGCUCAUCUACCUAAUUGCACCUCCUCAGAGCAAAGUGGAUCGGGUGGAAAUUGUCGUGCAGGUCUCAGUACAGGCUCCAUACUUCAAAUCUGGAGAGACAAGUGUAGCUGACUGGGUGAGCAGGAUCCGUUCGGCACCUGCCCCCUGGGCAGAACUUGAGUUUGAGAAUAUCAUCAUCACAUUAGAAUCCCAGUUUAUAAGGAAUCUGGACCGACCUGAUGAGGUGGCUAAACUUUGGGAUGCCAUAAUGAGAAGCAUAGCUGACCUGGCAGCAAAGCCUGCCAAGUUUCCCCGCAAGGAGCGGUUUGUUGCAGAUGUUCAGAUCUCUAGCGGUUUCAUGCAUUCUGGAUAUCCCAUCAUGAUGCACUCCAUCUCUGCCCCAGAACUAAUAAACAUAGAGGAAGCCUAUAAAAGUGGUCUUUGGGGACAAAUUCAUGAGUUGGGUCAUAACCAGCAGCGUGGAGUUUGGGAGUUCCCUCCACACACCACUGAGUGCACCUGCAACCUGUGGUCAGUGUACAUACAUGAGGAAGUGCUGCGAUUGAAUAGAGCUAAUGCUCAUCCCAACAUGACUCUAGAAAACCGCCAGGCUCGUACCAAGAUGUAUUGCAAUGGCGGUAAGGAUUUAAAUAGCUGGAGUGUGUGGACAGCACUCGAGACUUACAUGCAGCUUCAGGAAAAAUUUGGCUGGGAUGCUUUUAAGAAAGUUUUUGCCAUCUACCAUGAUAUGAGUGGAGUGCCAAAUGAUAAUGCAGGCAAGAUGAAUCUGUAUGCUGAGACCUUCUCCAAGGUGGUCAACCUGAAUUUGUGCCCCUUCUUCAAAGCGUGGGGUUGGCCCAUCCAGCCCAACACAGAAGAGAAGAUCUCUCAUCUCCCUGAGUGGAGUGACCAUCCUAUGGUCCAGUACGCAUAAGAACGUCUCAGAUAGCUUUUAAAAUUUGCAGUGCCGGUUUUAUUGUAAUUGAGGGGCAAGAUUAAGUAUAAAAUUAUAUAUGCUUAUCUGGAGUUUCAUGGACAUUAUUGUUUUCAUGAAAAAUUGAUCCAUAUCAGUGUGAGGCAAAAAAAAAAAAAAAAAAUCUUGUUUUAAUAAAAUGUGGCUAUAGGGUAAGUGGGUUAAGAUUAAGUACAGUAUAACCUGAACGUGCAUGUUAAAAACACAACAUAUACAUAAAAACUAAAAAGUAAACCUUGGCCUGGUCCAGUUUAGUGCUUUAGUAGUUUUUGUUUACAUGUCACUUAUAUGCCCCAGUGGUCUUUUGACUUUAUACUGUCUGUGAUAGAGGCCUUUCAUGGUGUUUGCUUUCACACUGUUCCUAGAUUUUCAUUUCGAAACACAAGAAGAAAAAUGUUUUGUACAAGUUUAAAUGUGUUGCAGCAAAGAAUGAUGACUACUGACGACAAUGUAGCAGUCGCCUCAAUGCUGUAUUGUUUUGUAUGAUAACAUGUUCUGCCACAUAUAUUUGGAAUCAUGCAACUGUCAAAUUAAAGUGAUCCUGGGACACUCCUGGGUGAAGUGUGAAAAAAUAUCACAUACAUUUAACAAUAUAACCAAUGUCUCUCUGCAUACAUAUAAUAAACUCACAUAAAGUGAUAUAUACUAUAGCUAAUCUCAACUGCUUGAUUGUUUAUAUCAUUAUUAAAUGUGUAAACUAUAACAUCGCUCAGCUCUAAACUAAAUCUGCACAAUUAGGCAUCAAAGUACUAUAAACAUUAAUAUCAGGAAUUACCAUAAUGCUGCUUACAAUGCAUAUUGUAAAUAAAACACUAUACACAUACAAUUGACUUGACUUUUGAUGCAAAAAUAUGUAAGACAAAAAUUUCUGCAAGCUCUGAGACCUCUAAAAUGAAAAAGUAUUCAAAUCAUAACAAUGCUUUCUUUUCAAGAUACAAACAUUUUUGAUAUAUAAGUGUUUCAUUUCUGCCAAGGAAUAUCAAUAUGAGAUGUGUCACAAAAAUGAAAAUUUACAGAGUUUCAGUAACAGUACUAGCUACAUUAAACUGCUAUACUUAAUGUUGAAUAUAAUGUAUAAUAAUGCAAUUGGGCAAUAUGUGUGAUAAUGCCAAAUGUCUGAUUGUUACCAGUAAAAAGGGCUUACAUUAUAUGCAUAGUAGCUACAAUUCAGUAUUUUCAGGUUCAGAAUCAUGAAUAUUUUUAUUCUGGUGUCACCAUUGUUUUACUGCUUUAAUAAGUUCUCUCUUAGGUUUCAGCUAUCCUAAUUUUAAUUUCAUGUUAAAAUUCAGUUUUAUUGUUCAGUGACACACCCAAUCAAAUCUUGAAAUAUUGUAAAUUCUUUAUUGAGCUGUAUGUACAACAAAGUUAUUGAACAUUGUUAAUGUUUUGGAAAUAAAUCUGAAUUGAA